CAAUCUGUGCCAAGUUGUUGUCAGAAAUUCAAAACAAGUUUGUUUGAAAUCUGAAACGGCGAUCUGUGAAUUGUUAAUGUUUUUCUAUUUUAAAUAUCUUGAUCACAAGGAGAAUAUUCAAAAUGUCUGCUUUUAAACAGUUAAGAGAUGUAAGUAAUAACUUCGAGCAACAACUACGAAGUUUAUCGACAGAGUUCUUUUCAGCUAAAAUCGACGAACCGUUUGAAGAAGUUAUAUCACAAAAACUACGAGAUCUAAACUUUCUUACGUCUAAACUGAGGCUUUUAAAAGCUAAACCUCUGUCAGCAUUACCACAAAUAACAGAACAACCAAAAUCAGAAGAUCCCAUCAAGGAAUACGGAGAAUUAGUACAAUGGAAAGUUCUAGAACAAUGUAUAGUGAAAUCGUUAACACAAGCGCACUCCGUCAAGGCUCUCAUCACUACGCCAGACAGAGAUUUAGAUCCAGAACUCGUUGAGAGGAAAGAGAACAUAAUUCAGGGCCUCAAGGCUUACCGUAACACAGAAUCUCAGCUUCGUGAGUUAGAUGUGAUACUACAAGAGAAAGAGAAUGAAUUGGCAGCGGUGCGAACGGUUUGGGACGCCGAGUUGCAUCAGCUGAGGGAGCUGAGGGAGAAGGUGGAUGGAGACGACUGUGAAGUCCAAGGUCCUCUGUAUAAAAAACUCCGUACCUUAGUCGACAAGUUAGAAUUAAUGCGUUGGCUAAUAGGGCGCCUGGUGACGUCACGAGGUUCUUGUGAUUGGCUCGCAGCACCAGACAGGACCGCGCGCUUGUUACGACUAGCGCGGACUCAUAACACCGUGGAUGCCUUUCUAGAAAGCUCUUAGUAAUGUUGAAUAUGGGUCAUUUAUAUUGAAAUAAAACUACUUUUACAAAUUUA